UUGCGCAUUUAUACAAAAAGAAAUUGUCAAGAGAAGUGGAAAUGUGUUGAUGUUUUUUUCUUAGAAGCCUUACAUUGAUAUAAGUAUUAUUUUCUAAAUUGAUUGUGACGACAGAGGAUCGUGAUCGUGUAAUUUAGGAACGCGUAUGUAUCGAUAUUAUAAUAAACAAUAAUAAUAACAACCCUGUCAAGUGUUCAAUGGGAACGACGACAACAACAACAACCAAAGAAUUGCUCAAGAAUCUAAUAUCUAAUUGUCGAAUUUUCUAAAAAAAAUUGUUACAAUUCACGAAACGAAACAUUGUGUUUAAACGUAAUUGAAAUAAAUUACUAUAACGCAGAUAGUCAACGCACACAUCAGUUAGCGAAUUUGUAGCAUAAAUUAUAUUAGCGAAAGUUAACGCUUCAUUCGGUCAUAUAUAUAUAUCGGUUGUUUUUCGAAAUAUUCAUCAAAUUACACACAAAAUGUUUUCGAUGUGCUCGAAAGCCCCAAGGGCUUCAAAUGUUGUUGAACAUGGUUCAGUGGGAAAACAAAUCAAGGGAGGAUACUUGUUACGAUACAAACGGCAACUCUUGUGGAAUCGUUGGGCUGAAGAGUGGGUGGUGCUAUAUGAUGAUUCUACCAUGGCAUGGUUUACAGAACCCGGUAGAUCGACUCCAGCUGGUAAGAUACUGGUUAAAGAAGCACCAGAAAUGCUAGCUAUUGCUCACUGGACAGCACAAAUCCCGCGACGGCCUCCAUUACCGGACGGAUGUAGCGUUUCUCAAUUAAUUGCAUUGGGUUCCAGACGAAAGAAGUCAAAAGUGUACUGGAUGUUGGCUAAAUCGGAGCAAGAAGUUAGCGAAUGGAUUGCUGCAAUUACUAAGACACUGCCACCUCCACCACAAAUCGAGCUAAUCGUUGAUAAGCCCCAUUUGAAAGGAGUGGUACACCGACCAUUGGUUCGGAUCAGACCUGCAACGAGUUCCGAAAUGUCAGAGAGACGAAGGAGACUAAAUUCGCAGUAUCAAGUUCGAAGUGAUGCCGCUAUAGCUGUACUGAAUAAAAGUGCAAAUAACGAUUCCGAUUCGAAAGGUACCUUAGCUUGUGUACUACCAUGGGGACAUGGUUGGGGUUGGUCCACGUUACCGAAUGGUGUUUGGAGUGGAGGUCUCACAUGGUCACAAUGUGAAGAUACGUUUAUUUUGCACGCACUACCAACUACACAUUGUACUAAUAUGAUAGAAACGAGCAGCGCUGGUAUUUAUCACACAGAUGUAGGUGGAUUUGAUUUUCAUAGUGGCACUGGUAUUGAAGAUCUUGGAGGCGAAGAUUUCGACUAUGCCAUGGAUUGUGGUGAUUUUAUUUUUUAAAAAAACAUUUAGUUUUGGAAACUCUUACACUCCCAUUAUAUCGUGAUGUUAUAUUCACCCAUUACUAAUAUUCCUGCAUAACACAGGAAUGAACAUUUUGUUAUGAUGAUUGCGUUUCGAUACUCAUGAAAUUUAGUGUUAAUAGGAAAAUUACUUAAAAACAUUUCCGUCGUGCAUACAAUUAAAUUAAACGUUUUUAGAUACUGUUAUUACAUGUAGGAGUAUGAGUAGGAACAAGACAUAUUUAUUAACAUCGGAUUUUCUCCUUUGCUGCCAUCUUAGGAACGUUUAUGUUUCACCCCUCGAUCUGACUAUAAUCAAAACAGACAGUCAGAUCCAUAUGUUGCCGUUAUAAGAAAUAUAUAUAUUUUUCGACAUUUUGUACAUUUUUGUUUGGUUUAAAGGCACCCAUAUCAUUAUCUUUAUCACAAGAAACGAAUUGAAAAUUUUAAAACAUGUCCUAUAUUGACGGUACCGGACGUUCGCUUCUCGGGUUGCAUUAUAAUUCUAAAAAUUAUUGAGCGCAAUCUGUAUGUCACAUCGGCAUAAACUGCAGUAUAGUGAGUCGAGGUAGAUGUCCCAGGGACAUUGUCCGUAUAUUAGUUAAUAGUUAUUUGUUAUCCUAUCUAGUCACAAUCUAGUAACAACACAUUCACAAUUUUUCAUAACAAAAAACAUCCGAAGUUGCAGGUGACGUGAGAAAAUGACUUUUUUCAAAUUUAACCUGGUCAACCUUAUUUUUCCACUCAAAAUGGCAUGAAUUGUUGAAUUAUUUGAUGGCAGUUCUUCUUCUUCUUCUUCUUUUUCAGCCUGUUUCUAUCCACUGCUGGAUGUAGGCCCCUCCAACUUCUU